UUUUAUCUAUAGAAUGCGUUCAUUCAACCGUUCUGAUCGGUCGCAGUCUUAUCAAAUCGAUUCAGCUUGAGAGACUCACGCACGCACACACACGCAAGUGGGCUCGACAACGCUUGUGGCUGGGUUGGUUCUCAUCAAGGUAUUUAGUCGUCUAGCGGCACUUCGAGGCAUCGGUUGGAUACACGUGAAGCUAUUUUGGGUUGUUAUUAUGGACCGUGCCAGCCUAUUUAUCGGUGAUAAUCAUGAGAGCACCUUUAGCUUUGACGAGACGCUGCCACCGCUGCCGUUGCCCGAGCUGAGGGAUACACUGCAACGUUACUAUGCCGGCUUGCGGCCCUUUGGCACGGACCAGGAGCUGGCCGAGACGAGGCGCAUCAUUGCGGAGUUCGAGACGGGCAUUGGAGCCAAAUUGCAGGAGAAGCUGAAGGAGCGCGCGGCUCGCAUGAAGAACUGGAUGGGCAGCUGGUGGGAGGAUUAUGCCUAUCACACGAUGCGUCUGCCAUUGUUGCCCUAUCAAAUCAUGUCCAUGCCCUGCCAGCUGUGCCAUGUGGGCGUGCCCGAGCGACCAGAUUACAUGCUCAAGAGUCUCGCUCGACAAAUUUAUCACUCGCUGGAGUUUUGGGAUCUGGUGCGCAAUGAGAACAUCAGGCCUCUCUCUUCGAACGGCGGCCGGGUCAAGUACUCCUCGGCACUGUAUAAGCAGUUCUAUUCGACGUCGCGUGUGCCGGGCGAGGAGCAGGAUCACAUUGAGAAGCACUUUCUGACCAAGACCGAGGGACGCACACCGACGCACCUGACCAUCACGGGCAAGGGUCGCCAGUUCACGUUUAAUUGUGUGCACGAGGACGAUUCCAUUCUAACGGCGCCCGAGAUCCUAGUUGCCUUGCAGCGGAUACGCAGCAUGCUGGACUAUGAGCCGGAGGGCGAUGGCGUGCCCGCGCUCACCCACGACAACCGCACCAGCUGGGCCAAGAACCGCAAGCACCUGUUGAACCUCUCGGAGGCGAACAAGCAGAAGCUGAAGCUGGUGGAAAGCUCCUGCAUAGACGUCUGCUUCGACGAGCAUCAGCCGCAGAACACAGAGGAGUCGUCACAGCUGUGCAUCUAUGGCGACUAUCAUUCACGCUGGGGGGAUCGCAGCAGCUGCAUCAUCGCCUUCAAGAACGGACACUAUGUGUUUACGGGCGAGCACAGCUGCUACGAUGGAACGGUCAGUGCCAGCUUUGCGACGUUUAUGCAGCUCAGUUUCCUGGAGGUGCCCGAGCCGAACUGGAAUGAGGCCAAUGGAACGAAAGUGGUGGAAGUGCAGGAGCUUAAGUUCGAUCUGGAUGAUACACUCAAGUCGGAGAUUAAGCGCGUACUCCAUGAGAUCGAUGAAAGGGGCAUCGAUGUCAUCGUUACCUUUGAGGUGUUUGAUGAUUAUGGCAAGGACUUCAUGAAGACUCAGAAGCUGCACCCCGACUCCUUUGUCCAGGUGCUCAUGCAAUGGGCGUACUACCAGAUGCACCAGGAGAUUGCACCCACUUAUGAGACGGCACUGAUGCGUCACUUUUACAAUGGACGCACGGAGACGCUGCGGUCCUGCACGAAUGCUGUCUACGAAUUCCUGCUGGCCUCCGGCAACAAGAAUACAACGGAUGAGCAGCUGGUUAGGGCGUUUCGCGCCGCUGUCAUGGAUCAUCGACAUCAGAUGGACGAGGCACGCAAGGGUCAUGGCAUAGACAGGCAUCUCUUCGGGCUGUGGUGCGCGGCCUAUGAGAACAACCUGGACAUACCCGCUCUGUAUGAUGAUCCGCUCUAUGCCAAGGCCGGCGGCGGUGGCAAUUUCGUCCUAUCCUCCAGCACGCUGGGCUUUACGCCCAACGUGGGCUUUGUGGCGCCCAUGACACUGGAUGGCUAUGGUGUCUUCUAUUCGAUUACCUCGGAUGCCGUCUACAUGAACUCGACUGCCUAUCGGGACAGCAUCAAGAGCAGCGCACGCAAAUUCAAUAUCAUCUUCAUGGAGUCGUUCCGUCGCAUUCGCCGGCUGCUAGAGCAGCAGCAAAAUGAUUCGAAGUUGUAAACUGCCAAGCGACGAGAUAUAUAUACACCAGUCAGCUUUC